AUGAGCCCUGAUGUUCUUUUAAUCCCAUUUCCAUGGCAGCAUUCAUAUGGUUACAAUUAUGAUUAUCUUUUAGAAGAUACUGUUUCAAGAAUUGUUACAAGAUAUGGAGCAUUUAGAAAGCUUGAAGAAUCUUCUUUCUUUAAUAUAGAUAAGGAUAUUAACGAUACUGAUGAUUGCUUGAAAAAUAAUCAGAAUUUUAAUGUUUUUGAUACAUCAAUUGGUUUAAAAUAUGAUUUUCAACAAGUAAAAGAAAAACUUAUCAAUAUGAUUGCUAAUGCUCAAAAUGAAUGUUCUUUAAUUCUUGAUUUUGUCUCUUUAUUAGUAUCUUCUGUUAAAUCCGCCUUAGGGAAUUCUAGUAUGUCUACAUUUUUAAAAGAGCGUGUUCCUGUUGGAUCAUUUGGUACUGAACGGGUUAAAGGAGAUAUUUGUGAAGAGGAUAAAGCAGUGUCUAAAGGUUGGAAAAUACAGGCUUUAUCUAAAGCUGCAUCAGAUCUUUUAGAUGCAUCAAUUAGGAUUGACAAAGAAACAACUUUAGAGACUAAGUUUUGGCACCAUGUCACUUUAUUAAAACAAAAUGGAUGGAAUCUCAUGCAUUCUCGGAUUAAUAAUUCAAAAAACCUUAUAGUUAAUUAUGGAAUUAUGGAUGUUGCUCGCAUUUUUGGAAAAGGAUUUGCCAUUUUGCAAAAAAAUACCGAAGGUGGAAUUGAGUUUGAUGGAAUAGAUGUGAAUGAGAUGUUUAAAACUAUACGACUUAGAUUUGUUGAAAAUAAUAUUGUAAAAGGUGAUGUAGUUUGGGAUAAUUCUUCAUUAUUUGAUUUUUUUGAUAAGAAUAUUCAAACUUUAUCUCGAAGAAAAGAUAGUUUUUUUGAAGAGGAAUUGUUAGAAGAGAUUAUAAGAGAAGUUAGUUUUUUUGAUGAUUUAAAUGCUAUAAUAAUGGAUAAUGGUGUUUCUGUUGAGAUUUUAGGGCCUAAAAGGGUAUUGUUAAUUGAUAUUGUGGAUGCUUCAAUAGAAAUUAAAGAAUCUAAUGGGGAAUAUGAUGUUUUAUGUGAAGCUAUACUUUUGGCAUUACAUUUGUUUUUUUCGUAUUAUGAGAGCCAGAAAUUAAAAUGGAUAGAUGAUUUGCCUUUUCUGUCAAAAAUGCAAAGUAAAAAACAAUCGCGUGUCCUUUUUCCUGUUUUAUCUCAGUUAGCUCAUUAUUUUGUUUUGAAUGAAAUAUUUGAAGAGUUGAAUAAUUGUAUUAAUGUUAUUUUGCUAGAAGGAUGGUCUGUAAAUUAUAAAAUUAGAAAAUAUGUUGGUAUGGAUUUUGGUGUUUCUGAAGAUUCUAUUAUUCAAUCCAUUAUUGAUGGUUCUCAAAGCGUAAUUGAAAUAUAUCUUCCUGGAUCUUCUCAAAUAGUAAUUAAUAUACAAACAAAUAACUAUAAAACAUCUUUUGAAGUUGAUUUUCGAGACUCUGGAGUUGACGAAGUUAUAAGUAAAACCGUUUGUGGAAGUAUUUUUGAAGUAUUAGACUGUAUUAUAUGGUCUAUUAAUAGGGAUUUUAUGAACGUUUUGCAAGAGAUUGUUGCUCCACAGUGGAAAAUUAAAAAUGGUGAAUUGUUAAAUAUAAACAAUGGUAAAAGAAUUAAAAUAGAUAUUUUAUUACAAAGGGGUGAAGAUGGUAUAUGGAAAAUUCUUUUAUAUAAGAAUGGAAUAUUUAUUCAUGUAGAAAAUAGUAAGAUUAGUGAUUUUAUAUAUAAAAUAAUAUAG